GCAAGAAGUGAACGGGAGAAGGAAAAUAACUCGACCACACAAACUACCACACUUAUGCGAUCGUCUAUACCUCGCUUAAUCACAACAGCAACAUCCCGAAUCCCUCGACAACGGACAACAUUCCUUUGGCAAUGGAACCUCGGUUUAAGCAGCACGCGUACUACUACGGCUGCUGCAACUACUACUACUACUUCUUUUACUACUACGCUCAGACCAGCACAUAAUAGCGUAAGAUGGUCCAGCACUAGCACAUCGUCGUCUGCUAGUCCUCGAGAUCCUCAAUUUGGCUCAGGCAAUCUAUCAUCGCUAGCAUACCAUUUCAAACGACAACGGCAUUUACCCUAUUUCCUCGAAUAUCUGAUGUGGGUCGUAUUUGGCUCCGAGGCGUUACAGCUUAUUUGGCUCAAGAUGGAUUACAAGGAAUAUCAAGAAAAGACAGAGCACAAGAUUCGACUAUUAGAAGAAAUCAUCGAUCGUAUUGAAAAGGGCCAAGAAUUUACAGACGACUUCCGUGAAGAGAUACGUAUGGUGUUCAUGCAUGGUGGACGACAGCAGCAUGACGGUAGCGACGAAGAUAUUGAUGAUGAUUAUCUUGAAAAGUUGAUUGCGGCAAGUGAAACACCACACCGUCAACAGGAAGCAGCAUCAGGGAAAGGAGCAUCAUCAACGGCUGCUGAACAGCCCGAAAAACCGAGCUGGCCACCAGCGCGUGAGGAGGGUGGUGAAAAGAAAAGGUUUUUCUUAUAAUGUUUCAUAUAUAAAAAGUGCUUACUGCUACUUGUAGAGGAUAAAUGAUGCAUUGUGUACAUAUGAUUAUAACAAAAAAAGUGUUAGAAGACAAAAUAAACUGGAUCUAAAAACGGCUAAUAUCCCGAC